AUGACGCUCUCCGCCUGCACCUUGGCCUCUGUCUGCACCUCACAGUUAUAUGAGCUCCGCUUCGGAGUCAGACGCAGGCCCUUCCUCAAAAUGAUGCUUCAUAUUUGGUGUCUUGUGGCGCUGACCACUCUGGCAUCUGCCAUUAAUCCAGGAGUAAAGGUCAAGCUCACACAAAAGGGCCUUGAAUAUGGCCGAGAACUUGGCAUAGCUUCCAUCCAACAGAAACUUCGAACCAUUAAACUCCCAGAUAUGUCUGGUUCACAGAGGAUUGCACCGAUUGGAAAAGUCACAUACAGUUUUACAAAUAUGCACAUAGUCAAUGUUGGACUGCCCCAGUCAUCUGUGAGCCUGGAACCAGGAGCUGGGGUUAAACUCUCUGUGACUAAUGCCUUCAUGAGUCUGAAUGGAAACUGGAGGGUCAAAUACUUCAUCAUCAAAGACAGCGGCUCCUUUGAUUUGAGUGUGAAAGGACUGAGUAUUACCACAACUAUUGCGGUCAACAGUGACGAAACAGGACGCCCCACAGUGAGCGGCAGCAGCUGCUCUGCGGCUGUGGGCAGUGUCAGCAUCAAGUUCCAUGGUGGAGCCAGCUGGCUGUACAACCUGUUUAAGGACUUCAUUGACAAAGCAUUACGAAGUGCUUUGGAGAAACAGAUCUGCCCCCUGGUGGCUGACUCCAUAUCUGAUGUAAAUCCUCAUUUGAAAACUCUCAAUGUUUUGGCCAAAGUAGACGAAUACGCAGAGAUCGAGUAUUCAAUGGUGUCGUCGCCCGUCAUCUCAACGUCUUCUGUGGAGUUAAGUUUGAAGGGGGAAUUCUACAAUAUUGGGAAGCACCAGGAGCCCCCAUUCACCCCAGCAGUCUUCUCAUUGCCGUCCUCGAACGACACCAUGCUGUACAUCGGCCUGUCUUCUUACAUUGCCAAUUCUGCAGGUUUUGUUUACACCACAGCCGGAGCCCUCAGCCUCUACAUCACUGAUGACAUGAUCCCUGCGAGCUCCCCCAUCAGACUCACCACGCGAACGUUCGGCGCACUCAUUCCGCAGAUUUCCAAACGAUUCCCUGGUUUGAUGAUGAAGUUGCUGGUUAAGGCAGUAAAAAGCCCCGUAAUUGCAUUUGAAUCCAACGACGCAACUAUCCAAACGACAGCAACAGUGACGGCCUUCGCCAUCCAAGUCAAUGGGACGCUCUCCCUCUUGUUUGUGCUCAACAUGAACGGCAGCGUCAGCGCACAAGUUUCUGUCAGAGGAACAAGGCUGGCUGGGUCUGUCGUCCUCAACAAAAUGGAUUUAACUUUGGGGACAAGUUACGUUGGUGAUUUUCAGGUGACAUUACUGGACACAAUCUUCCAAAUGGUUCUAAAGCGUGUGGUCAUCCCAAAAAUAAAUGCUCAACUUUCUAAGGGAUUUCCACUUCCUACGAUUGGAAAGAUUAAACUUGUAAACACCCAGCUGCAGAUCGUGAAGGAUUACAUGCUGAUCGGGACCGAUGUUCAAUUCUCUGGAUGA